AAGCAAUAGAAAGCGGCAGCAAGAGCACAAGCGCCAAGAAAAACUUUCAACGCUGGUAUCUCUAGAACAGAAAAUAGGAACAAAAAGGAUUUUGUAUAUUAAAUUCUCAGUUUUACUUUACUAGCGCCAAAGCAUUCAGCACCAUGGACAGCGUCCGCGCGGCAGUUUACCUGAGCGUGUUCCUCUCGCUACUGUGCGUCUGCAGGGGUCAGAUGUCACCGGACAACCGACUGAGCGAGCAAGAGGAGCAGUACAUCAAAAGAGACCUGGCGGAGGCUCUCGAUGAACUUUUGGAUGGAGAUCAGGACAAUCGGAUAUCUGUGGAGAAAAAAGCCAGCGUCAUUCCCAGGUGUGACGUGGGGGAGCGCUGCGCCAUGAAGCACGGACCGCGCAUCGGGCGACUGUGUGACUGUAUGCGAGGAACAGCCUGCAAUACUUUCUUCUUGCGCUGCUACUGAUGGGGCUCGCGCAACUCUCUUCUCUCUCAGGCACUGUGCUAAGAAACUCGUGACAGAAAUGCUUGGGACACCUCAUCUAUUUAACGGUUUAAUUCUACGCGUGAAAUUACAUGUAGCCCAUUGAUAGGCCUACUGUUCUAUUGUUCGUAACCUGUACUACAUAACUUACACUACAUGUUUAAACGUGUUAAUUUUAAGUUAAUGAAAUGUCUUUAAGACUCAUUGGUCAUCGUUCUGAAUAUUGUCUAAAUGAAAAGUAUGUAUACAUUGUCUGUGAGUUUAUAAUGUAGGUCUAACUAUGUUUAAUAAAACCAUAUAACUGUUAGAACAA